GGUGAGAUGCAUCCAGGAAGUCUCUCAGCAGGAAAACGGUGUCUUCCUCUUCCUGCACUUGCACUUGUGGAUGCGUUCAAGGUUCCUGGGAGCAGCUGACAGACGACACACCUGUAACACAAACACACAAAACAGGAAGAAGAUGAUCUUGACUGCUCUGCUCAUCAUCCUGACCUCCUCUGUCUGUGGGAUGUUUGCCGGGAAAAUGGCAGCGACCUUCUAUCAGGCAGAGGAGGACGAUAACAUCACCAUCAGAUGGGACAGUCGCACCAAAACCGACAUGUCGCUCGCCAACAUGGCUUGUUUUCUGCUGUCAGAGCCCCUGAAGCUUUUGUAUGAGAUGAUCAACGGCGUCGAGAUCCCCGAGUCUCAGCAUCAGCAGUUUGCAGGACGAGUCCAGUGUAACGAAGACGCCCUCAGAGACGGACGGAUCAGACUUCACGUGUCCAGACUCAGGACUGAGGACUCUGGAAACUACUGGUGUGAUCUGGCUGCUCAUUAUAACAAGGUGACGAGGAGAUGGGCGCUGGAGACCACAGAACAUUUUGUCUUGAAUGUGACCUCCCAUGGAGAGAACAGCGAUGUGUUCACACCGGCGUUAACUGAAGAUGGAGAACACACACCAGGAGGGCCGAAGAAGAAAGUGACAUCACACGAUUGGGACAAAGUUAAAACGGUUCUUGGAGUCAUUAACAGCGGAUUUGUCAUAGUCGCUGGUCUAAUAAUUCUCCUCCUGGCAUUCAUCGAUGUGAUAAAGUCACUCAGGUCAACGCCAGGUGAUGUGCCAUCACUGAGUUCCUGCUAGAGGUCAAUACAGCCCAUCGUCUGAGCGGUUUACAUCCACAGCUGCUCCGAUGUGAGCAGAUAUAAAGCCUCAUCACCUCGAACAAUUCCGGGUCCAAAUUAGGCCUCAAAAUAAAACUGCGGUGUCAUCUACUUUAGCGUACUCCCUGUGGGUCAGAAGAGAUUAGGUUGAUAACAGAUCUAAAGUUUUAACAUGAUGGGGAUACAAACAGCUCUUCUCACUAUCACUGGCAAUAUUGAUGCCCAUUUAUUAAUCGUUGUAACAUGAAGUAAAGUCUCAUGUAGUUUUGUGUUAAAGCUCAGAAACUGUUGUAAUGAUUAAUGAUUAAUGUUUAAUGGUGUAAUGAUUUAUUUACUGUGAUAUUGAAACUUCUAACUAGUUUCUGUAACUUGAUUCUCAAACUGCACUGAAACCAGCUUAUGCUCCAUACCAGCACUUUUAUCUGCUCCCACUGACUUUAUUGCAUAUUAUUCUAAGUACACUGUAGUGGACAGUGUUUGUAUAUAUUUCAUAUUUAAUACAGUAAUCAUGCAUGUAUAUGGGAAUGUGUCUGACUGCAGGAAUGUCAGGUCUCAUGAUGAUGUACUGCAGCUGUCAGGUCGAUUGAUGUGAAAAGGAUCCACUGCAUUAUGACCCAGCAGCAUAAACACAGCAAACACUGUUUAACAUUACCAUUCACUCAGUUUUGCAAUCAUUUGUGUAAAUCCACCAUUAUAUUUUUUGGGGUAUAAAACCACAGAACACUUUACAUUUGAACCCUUUGUUAACGUAUUUAUUUGUCUUUGUUUUUAUUGGUUUUAAAUUACCUUUCAAACCAAACCGAAUAUUUUAUCUACUGCAAAGCACUUCAGACUCUGUAAAGCACUUUCUAAUUUUGCGUUUAAAUAUGAGUUGUGACUGUUUUAUACGAUGUGAGAAUAAACUUGUUUAUUGUCCAA